AUGGGGUUCGCAGUGAGCGGAGUGAAAUCCGCUUUAUGGCUAUCUCUUCUGCAUGGCUUCCUUUUCCUCAUCGCUGAUUCGGGCACGGAAUCGAGUCAAGAUCCUACAACAGUGGAUAUUUCUUCACGUCACUUCAGAGCUGAAUUUCUUCAAGAAUGGCAGGGAUCCCCUGAUGCACCUUAUUUUGACCCGAGCACUCCGAGGAAUAUUACAGGCUUGGUUGGACAUCCAGUUAGACUGCUCUGCAGGGUCAAAAAUCUUCAGAAUCGAACGGUAUCGUGGGUACGUCAUCGCGACAUCCACUUGCUGACUGUUGGCCGCUACACAUACACAUCCGACCAGCGUUUCGAGGCUCAACACAAGCCGCGCUCGGAAGAGUGGGCGCUGCGCAUACGCAGCCCGCAGCGCCGAGACUCUGGACAGUACGAGUGCCAGAUAUCAACAACGCCGCCUAUCGGUCAUGCUGUCUUCCUAAAUAUUGUAGAACCUGAAACAAUAAUAUCGAGUGGUCCAGAGCUGUUCAUUCAAGCAGGCUCCACAAUCAACCUAACAUGCACAGUCCGGCAUACGCCAGAACCACCAAUCUCCAUUACAUGGUCGCACGGGGAGCAGGUAAUAAACUUCGAUUCCGCACGUGGUGGUAUAUCUCUGGUUACCGAGAAAGGCCUGAAAAGUACCAGCCGACUUCUAGUUCAGCGAGCUACGGGGUCUGAUGCAGGAGUAUACACAUGCGGCCCUAAUAACGCUCCAUCAGCAGCUACCAGGGUACAUGUUUUAUCUGGUGAACAUCCCGCGGCAAUGCAACAGGGAUGUGCAAAAUCAACACUGGACAGAACAACAUCAUUAGUAUGUUGUAUUUUUUCACUCUACGUCCUAAGAAAACCUUCCUUUAACAAUAUUCAAUUCGGAACUUGA